GUAGCCACUAGCCAGAGGUCAGCGUCUAUUCAACCAAAGGAACGAAGCCUGCGUCGAGGGCAAUAGGGCAGUCAGCGGCUCACCGCGGCAGUUGAGCAAGGCGACCUCCGUCUUCCGUGACCUCCGUCUAGGCCUCUAGGGACGCUACCUCAGCACGCCAGCAGUCUAGGCGGUCCAGCACCGCACCUCCGCCGGCUCAGCAGUCCGCACGCCAAGUCGGCAAGUCGCCACCGCAGCAAGCCAGCAGUCUAGGCGGCUCAGCAUUGCACCUCCGCCGGCUCAGCAGUCCUCACGCCAAGUCGGCAAGUCGCCACCGCAGGUGAUGGAGUGAAUUUGAUUCUUCUACAUGGAGGGAUGCCAUUGCUUGUUCAGCAAUGGAUGUCUCGAAUCUGUUCUAAUGACAUUCUUUCAUAGACAUGAGGAAAUUUUUAUUCUUACUCCCAAACUAUAAUCCUCGAGUCUUGUUUUUCAAUGAACAAUUGUGUUCAGCUAUCAGCCAUCUCUCUAUCUUCUUCUAUUCAAGUGAUUGUAAGGUUGAUAGGAUCGAUCCUCGACCCUUCCCUGAUUAUUCUCCUAAGAAACCAUCCAUAAGAGAUGCCAAACUUGUCCAUCAAGUGUCUAAUACUGUUAAGCAACGUCGUUGUGAGACCCUUAACAGUACUUUACAUCCAUUUGAACGCAAUUUCAGGUCUGACCAUUUCAUUUGGGUUCUCAUGAACAUAAAAAAUGACUACAAACUAGUUCUGGAUUUGUAUAACUGGUGGUCCCUAAGGAGCAAACCAUCACUUGAGGCUCGUUGUGUUGUUGCUCACAUCGCCACAUCAUCUAAAGACACAGAAACAUCUCGUGGACUCAUACGUGGUUUUUGGGUUAAACAAAGUCUCGACAUCAAUCUUUCGUUCGUUAAUUUCUUUGACAUGCUAGUAUACACAUACAAGGAUUGGGGCUCUAAUCCUUAUGUAUUUGAUAUUUUCUUCCAAGCUCUUAUUGAAGUUAGCUUGUUAGUUUAUGCUAGGGAGCUUUUUGACAAGUUAUUGAAUUACGGCAUAGUUUUAUCCGUUUCUUCAUGUAACCUAUAUCUUUCCCGCCUAUCAAAGAGUAUUGGUGGUCAUGAAAUGGCAUUGAAGGUUUUUGGUGAAUUUGCUACUUUGGGUAUUUCAUGGGAUACUGAAUCUUAUAACAUAAUGGUCCAUUCUCUUUGCCAAAUAGGAAGAGUGAAAGAAGCUCACAACCUACUCCUUCAAAUGGAAAAUCGGGGAUGCAUCCCUGAUGUUAUAAGUUACAGUACUGUGAUUAAUGGGUAUUGUACUGAUGGGGAGCAUCUGGUGGAAGUGCUGAAGAUCAUAAUAGAAAUGCAAAGAAAGGGUCUUAAACCAAACAAACAUACUUUUAACAGUGUAGUUCUUCUUUUGUGUAAGAAUGGUAAAGCAUCAUCCGGAGAGGAGGUCCUAAGGGAUAUGAUAUCACAGGGAAUUACUCCCGAUAAUGUUCUUUACACAACUCUCGUUGACGGGUUUUGCAAAUCUGGGGAUGUAACUUCUGCAUACAGAUUGUUUAAUGAAAUGCAGUCUUGGAACGUAUUUCCCGAUUCCGUUGCUUAUACUGCCCUUAUUUGUGGUUUAUGUCAAUCUGGAAAGUUUAAAGAAGCAUAUAAACUACUAAAUGAUAUGAUUCGUUGUGGUUUGGGAUCAGAUGCGUUUACUUACACUACACUUAUAGAUGGUCACUGCAAAGCUGGUGAGAUUCAGAUCGCCUUUUCUCUCCACAACCAAAUGGUUCGUAUGGGAUUGGUCCCGAAUGUUGUCACUUAUACCGCAUUGGCUGAUGGCCUUUGUAAACACGGGGAACUUGAAAUGGCCACUGACCUUCUUCGGGAGAUGUGUGGAAAGGGACUUGAGUUGAAUAUUUACACUUACAAUUCACUUAUUAAUGGUUUUUGCAAAGCUGGAAAUAUUUCCCAAGCAGUAAAGGUGAUGAAAGAAAUGGAAGCGUUUGGCAUUCUACCUGACUGUUUUACCUACACUACACUAAUGGAUGCUUAUUGUAAAUCUGGAGAAAUGGCAAAGGCACACGAUCUUCUGAAUAAUAUGCUAUCCAAAGCAAUUCAGCCCAGUAUAGUUACCUUCAAUGUUUUGAUCAACGGGUUCUGCUCCUUAGGGAUGCUUGAAGAGGGUAGGGAGAUUUUGGGUUGGAUGUUGGAUAAAGGUAUACAUCCAAAUGCUACCACUUACAAUUCUCUGAUGAAGCAAUACUGUAUUAGGAAUAACAUUCAUGUUGCAUCUGAGAUUUGCAAGGGGAUGGUCAGAAAAGGUGUUAAGCCGGAUGGUAAUUCAUAUAACAUAUUGAUAAGAGGACAUUGCAAAGCUAGGAAUAUGAAGGAAGCUUGGUUUUUACAUAAAGAAAUGGUUGGAAAGGGAUAUAGACCAACAGUUGAUACAUAUCAUGCACUCAUUAAGGGUUUCUUGAAGAGAAAAAAGUUUUCUGAAGCAAAGUUUUUUUUUGAAGAGAUGAGGAAAGAAGGGCUGGCUGUAGGUAAGGAAUUAUACUGUUUAUUUGCAGAUAUGACAUUUGAGGAAGGAGAGAUCGAUAGGGUUCUUGAGCUAUGUGAUGAAGCAAUAGAGAUGUGUCUUGUAAAUGAAACAAAACACUGUUUUAAGUAAUUUACAUGUGAUUAAUCCUUCCUGAAGAAGUAUUUUGGAUCUUAUCUGCUCGUGUGGAGUUGCAUGAUUCUUCGACUUGGCUGCCAUGCUUUUAUCAUUGGUGAGAUAUGGAAUUCUUGCAUGCUAGCAGAGAAGGUCAGAACUUAAAAUGCCGCAAAGGAACCUGGGUAAUGUCUAGAGUUGAACCCUGGUGGCAAACAUACUCAAGAAUUUGAGAGCGCGUGUGUCUUGAACAUGAUUACCCACUUGGCCACUUCCAUUUCAUGCUGGACUUUAACUAGCCUCUUUCAACGAUGGGAUCUGGUGGGCGGCGACUUUCGGUGGCAGGAUCUGGCGGGCGGUGUCUUUCAGAAACGGGAUGAGAGAUGGAAUCGACUGGCUAGAUUUUCGAAGAUGAGAGAAGCUUUCUUGAGCCACCAUUGAUACACCAUCUUGCAGAGCUUCACUCCUUUAAGCUGUAUCCCAAGGCUUCGGCUUCGUGACCGUGACGACCGUGCCCUGAUGCUCCACAGUGAGGAUGAUUUGCAUCCAAGGCAGGCAUGCUCGUUCAGAACCUUAUUAGUUAUUCCUAGAGUCCCUCUUGAGAACGUACUGUUCAUCGUAUGUGGGCGGCGGCGUUUUACGAGCGUUGUGAGCCUUGGACGAGGACAGCGGAGCUUGUUGAAUUAGAUGGCACGGCAGUCCAUUCUCGGCAAAUCUGGCAAGUUUCGUUCUACCAUGGAGCAGAUGCUGAUCGGGAAAAACAUAUUUGAUGCCUCCUGCGGUGGGAAGGAAAGCUAAAGCUAGGGUUAGAUUUUAAUUUUGAUAACGUGUUGUAGGGAGAAUGGUUACGUAACUUCAUUACCAAUACGCCCUAUAAAUAGGGAGAUAUAAUGGUUUACAAAGACGGGCCAAUAGGCUCAUAAUACAUUAUUUACAUAGGAUAAUCUAUACUGAACAAUCUAUUUAAAUGACAGCACAAAAUGCAUAAUAUCCUUCAACAGUUUUCAUUUUUAUAAA